AUGAUGGCAAAACUCACUUUCGCUCUGUCGACGAUCCUUUGCUGGUUCUUGUCACUAACUGUAGCAACACCAACUCUCACCCGCCGCACGACCUGUACCAUCCCAGCUCAUGGCAAUGGCACAGACGACACCCCAGCCAUCUUAACAGCCUCCAAAGAAUGUGGUGAUGGCGGCCACAUCAUUUUCACCCCGAACACGACCUACCAUAUUGCCACAGUAAUGAACACGACCGCCCUAUCAGAUGUCACGAUCGACAUCCACGGCACACUCCUCUGGUCUACCGACCUAGACUACUGGCUCAGCAACUCCCUCUCCGUAGGCUACCAGAACCAAUCCUCCGCCUGGUUCCUCGGCGGCUCCAACAUCCACGUCAACGGCCAUGGCAUCGGGACCCUCGACGGCAACGGCCAAGCCUGGUAUGACUUCGUCCAGGGCGAAUCAAAUUAUCCCAACAGACCCAUGGGCCUCACAAUUUGGGGUGCAAACGAUUCAACAUUCGAAGGUCUAAACUUCCGUCAGAGCCAAAUGUGGACGAUGGCAAUCAUCCACUCAAACAAUCUCCUGAUGCAAGACAUCUCAGUCAACAGUACCUCUGAGAACAACAGUCCCGCCCGCAACACCGAUGGUGCGGAUACGCUUUACUCGAACAACAUCACGAUGCGGCGCUGGAGCGUCGAUAAUGGCGACGAUGCCAUUGCGCUUAAAGGGAACUCGACGAAUGUGCUCAUUGAAGACUGUGUUUUCCGUACAGGCCAGGGCUUUGCUUUGGGUAGUAUUGGACAGUAUGAAGAUCGGGUUGAAGUGAUUGAGAAUGUCGUGGUUAGGAACGUGACGAAUAUUGAGACGAAGUAUGCGGCCUAUGUGAAGACUUGGACGGGGGAAAGGAGUGGCUAUCCACCAAAUGGGGGUGGCGGUGGCAAUGGGCGGAUCCGUAACAUUACGAUCACAGACAUCACCCUUGACCGUGGCAGAGCCUCGCCCUUCACGAUCACGCAGUGCACAGCCUUUGGCGGCGUUACACCUGGCGAUUGUGAUACAAGCACGUUCAAAAUCUCUGACAUCUCCUUGACGAACAUCAAAGGCUCUGUCAAUGCCAACACCGUCGCUAUCAUGCAAUGCAGUGAAGCUGCCGGUGGCUGCGAUGACAUCCAGAUCGAGGAUGUGGUGGUCCAAAAUAUUGGAAGUUCUGCGAAUGCUACGUUUCCGAAUGCGUACAGGUAUUUGUGUAGUAAUGUGGAUGAGCCCAUAGGGUUCCAGUGUACUGGAAAUGGUACGACAAAUCCGGGUGGGAGUUAG